AUGACCGAUACUGAUGCACAAUUUGACCAGCAAACGGGAGAGAUUGCCCACCAGUUUCAGCUUCCAGAACGUCAGGCAAAAGUCAACCAGUUGAUUAGAACAAUGGAACAAGCAUCUGGGGGAGCAAUGACUCUUGCAGAAGAGGAGGAAGAAGAGGAAGUUCCUAUGCAAUACUGUGUGUGCAGAUCCACUGAUUGUUCACGUUUCAUGAUUGGCUGUGAUAAUUGUAAUGAGUGGUACCAUGGUGACUGUAUUGGAGUGACACAAACAGCAGCUAAAGCAAUCAAACAGUUCUUUUGUGAUGCUUGUCGAGAACGUGACAAAAGCCUGGAGAUUCAGUAUAAAAGUAAAAAGGUUGUGAAAGAGAGACAUCACCGUGCCAGUGACUCCAGUGACACAGAAAGACAUCACAAAGAAGUUCCAGUAAAGAAAGAAAAGAAAAAGAAAUCAUCACGAAGAUGUGGAGAGUGCAUUUCAUGUCACCGGCAAGAAGACUGUGGCCGUUGUGAUUUUUGCAAGGACAUGAAAAAAUUUGGUGGCCCCAACAAAAUUCGACAGAAAUGCAGACUUCGACAGUGCCUAAAUUUUGGACUCAUCUUAUCUGGUCAGAAAUGGAAACCUCGUCCUGGCGACAAGGAUCGGGAUAAUCGCACAGUCACAUCCAUUACAGAAUCAGUUUAUACAAAUGUCAACAAGCGCAGGGAUAUUUCAGAUAGUGAUAUUAAAAUUAAAGGCAAAAAGAGUAAAAGGUCCAAAAACAAAACUUCUGGUUCUCCAGAAAUAAGUACACCACAAAAAUCUAAAUCUGGUCGGCGGCAUGGUGCAUUAAAAGGGCGUAAGAAAUCCAAAAAUAAAGCUGAUAAACAUUAUGGCGAUAUAGAAGACAAGCACAGUGUAGAGAAAGUAGAGGAAGAAGUGCCUCGGCAGUGUUACGGCAUUGGUUGUACGCAACAAGCAUGGCCUAACUCUAAGUAUUGUUCAGAUGAAUGUGGAAUGAAGAUGGCCAAAAACCGCUUGUGUGAUCUUCUGCCUCCCAAAAUCCAACAAUGGCAAAGCAGUCCCUGUAUAGCAGAGGAAUACAACAAAAAAUCUUUAGAGAAAAUCCGACGGCAACAGCAAAUGUGUCAACAACGUCUCAAUGAGCUUUAUGUCAAGCACCAAGAAUUAAAUGCUCUUAUUGAGAGAGCAAAGCUAUCACCUAUUGUUGAAGCGGAACAAGAAGAUGAUGAUGAAGGUGAAUUGAGCAUUUAUUGUGUGACGUGUGGCAGUGAAAUCCAACAAAAGGGUGCACUCAGGCAUAUGGAAAAAUGUUUUGCCAAGUUUGAAGCACAAACUGUAUUUGGUUCUUAUUACAAGACUCCUGUGGAUGGAGACUCCAUGUUUUGUGACGUUUAUAAUCAUCAACAGAAGACAUACUGCAAACGAUUAAAAGUUCUUUGUCCUGAGCAUACAAGAGAACCUAAGGUGAGCCAUGAUGAAGUUUGUGGCUGUCCACUCCUUUCUAAUGUAUUUGAGGAAACUGGCGAGUAUUGCCGUGUUCAGAAACGCAAAUGUAACAAACACUAUUGUUGGGAAAAAUUACGAAGAGCACAAAUAGAUAUGGAGCGUGUUCGACAGUGGAUGAAGUUAGAUGAAUUAAUUGAACAAGAGCGAAACAUUCGAAUUGCUAUGUCCAACAGAGUUGGUGUCCUUGGAUUAUUAUUACAUCAAACUGUUGAUCAUGACCCUUUGACCCCAAUUAAAGCCCCUUUUCUGAAUGAUUGA